AUUUAAAUCAUCUGUAAUUCCCCUAAAGCAGUGAGGGUGUAUGCGUAAUCUACUCCUGAAGACGGAAAGCGAGGGGUAGUGGAGAGAGAGAGAUGAUAAGAGUUGGAAUCGCGUCUCUACGAGGCCCAUAUUUCCCAUUCAUUUCCUCUCUCUUCUCUCUCAACACCAUUCGCGAGCUCGCCGGAGAAAAUCAACAACGCAGAUGGCGCAGAGAACAGAGAAGGAAGAGACGGAGUUCAAGGUCCUCGAAACCUUGACGACGACGACAACCCCGACGCUCUGCUCCAACAACUGCGGCGUCACAGCGAGUCCAUCAACCAACAACAUGUGCCAGAAAUGUUUCAACGCCUCCGUCGCCGGUAUAGAUCCAACUCCGAUCGCAAAAAGAUCAGCCAGAUCCGUCAGUCUCCGGUCAACGCCAGCCAAAGCCGUGAUCCGUCCCAGGGAGACCGAUCCGGUCAAGAGAGACCACCAUCAACAGACCGUAAACCGAUGCUCCGGCUGUCGGAAGAAGGUCGGGUUGACCGGAUUCAGAUGCCGAUGCGGCGAACUUUUCUGUUCGGAGCACCGCUACUCGGAUCGCCACGAUUGCAGCUACGACUACAAAACCGCCGGUAGGGAGGCGAUCGCUAGGGAGAAUCCGGUCGUCAAGGCGGCGAAGAUGGUGAAAUUGAGUUGAUGUUCGGAUCGGCGAGAAGGAAUCUUCAAUCGUUGUUGGUGGUGGUGGUUCAAAGCUCCGAUCAAGAUCGGAGAAAUCGUUAAGAGAGAUGAGAUGGUCGGAGAGAUCGGGUUGAUGCAGCAAACGAAGAUGAGAGAGAUUCUCUCUGCUUGAUUAAAUCUGAACCCUUGAUUUAUUUUUUUAUUUUUAAUUAUUAUUAGGUGAAUGAUCAUUGUUGUUGUUGUCUUUGCUUCGGAUGUGAUCUUUCUCGUUCAUGAAGACAAGUUGUGGAGUGGCAUGUGUGUGUAGAUUCGUUAGAAAUGAAGGGUGGUUUGGUAAUUUAGGCGACGUGUCUCUCUUAUCACGAUGCUUAGACAAGUCAUUGUGCGUCACAACUCAACUCACCCACCAGCCAAUUUCUCUCGGCAAGUUUGCUUGGCGUAUAAAAAAGCGUGUUCUAGUCGUAUUUGAUUAUUCUAAGUUCCAUUGUUAAUCUUCGCUCUUUGGGAGACUUUGUUCGACGCAUCCAAAACAUCCCGCAACUUUACAAUUGCUAUGUAACUCAACAAACACUUAUGUGGAAUAUAUUCGUUAACACAUAACAAUA